GACAAAAACAGCCGUUCUUUAUCACGGCCACUGGCCAACCGAGAUAACGCCGAAAAACACGUCUUAUCAGUUAUUAUUAUCAUGAACCUUGCGUGCGUGAUGUGAACUUCCUGGCUCCUGCAUAGUGCACACGAAUUACGAUGCGGGUAUGUGACUGACUGAAUUAGUAACCGAGUCCUGAGAUUCUGACUGCUGAGCAUUUGCUGUACUGCAUGCUAAGUUUUUGUUAGUACUGUCUAAGAUAUUGGUGUACACGAACGAGUUUUCAGGCGAAACCACUGUCUUUAAUGCGUCGAGCAAUGACCUUCUGAGACGCUUUAUACAUAGUCAUGGCUCUCGUGUUCACUGACAACGAUCCAUGGUUGAUUGAACACGAGUCAUGCGAGAAACUAUACAGAGAAAUUGAAGGAUUAUUAAAUGUGAGAGAACUAGAACAUAAGUCUUCCGAAAAAUAUGUUUUGUAUUCAUCUCAAGUGCGACUUAGACUGAAACAAUUUACUGAUGAAGUCCAACAGUUGUCUUAUAAACUUAGAGGACUAGCAACAUCUAAAGCCGUUACACUGGACGAAGAAGAACGACGUCAACGUAUGGUUGAGUUACUUCAAAGCAGAAAUAUUAUAUUAAAUCAACGUUUUCAAAAUCGGAAUAAUAGUCAUACACUAGAACGUCAGGAGUUGAUGCGACCUAGUAUCAGUAAAGCCAAAAAAACUGAAAUAUCAACUACUGGUUGGCUGGACAGUGAUGAUGAUGACUAUAAUGACGAUAAACAACCAUUACUUAAUGAAAAAGAACUUAAACAACAGCAACAGUAUUUGCUCAAAGAACAAGACGAUGGAUUAAAUGAAUUGGCAUCGAUUGUAUCUAGACAGAAAAAUAUUGCUAUUACCAUAAGCAGUGAAGUCGAUCUACAAAACGAACUAGUCGAUGACCUAUUAGUAAAGAUGGACAAAACAACAGCUGGAAUUGAAAACGAGACCAAAGAAGUAGUUCAGAUAUUAAAAAAAGAUUCAACUCGAGGACUUUGGGUGAUAAUUAUUCUUCUAUUGAUUGCAAAUGUAGUGGUUGCUUUGUCGUGAUAUCUGGUUAAAAUAUUCAAAUUUAACUUGCAAUAAUUAUGUUAAAUAUAUUUUUCU